CUCAAUCAGCCCUCAAGGAGAGCAGAAGACCACUCACAACAGCAGUUCCCUCUUCAGCUUGCACCCACCCAAUCUCUUACAACCCUCUGGCCAGGCAAGGUAAGAGAAAAGCAAGGUAAGUCCCCACCACAGCAAGCAAGCAAGCAAGCCCAGCAAGCCCGAAGAGGGAACCGUCCCAGUGAGCUAGCCAUCCGCUCUCCAUCCCCAACUGCGACACCCCAACCCCCCACGUCCCACCUACUCUCCCGUCUUCUCAAAAAGACAACAAAGCAACCCACCGACACAAAACAAACAUGUGCACGAUCGGGUACGACCGCUUCGCCUGCGGCUGCGCGCUGCCCAAUGCCCGGACGCUGCGCAAGUGCGAUUGGGCCACGCUCAAGGGCCGCGCCUACGUGUGCCCGGACUUCCAGCUGAGCGAGGACGCGGCCAAGUCGAUGGACUAUGCGCACGCGUGCAUGGCGCACUCGUAGGCGCGUGUGCUACGUUACGCUACCAUCUACCUAUUUGAAUAGGGUGGUAUAUAAACUGCGGUGGUACCGCCGACCUGGUAGAUCGGUUGAGAACGAGGAAGGAAGUGGAAAAUGGGUGGAGUGGGUAGAACAGAAGCACAGAGGGGGUUGAGAAAGAAGAGGGGAAAAUUGGGAAGGUAAGUUAUCAGCAACAAAGGGGGAAGAGAAGAAAA